AUGUUUGGUGUGUUUAUCAGUCUCAUUGUAAUGUGUUUGGCAGAAGAAAGACUCGUGUACAAAAAUGGGAUCUUCUCGAAUGGAUAUCAAUUGAAGGCAUCAACAGGUUACACCUCUACUACAGCUGAGUAUAAUAAUAACAUUGUGAUAUACAUCAUGCUCUCACAAAAUGGAUAUGCCAAUUUCAAGACAAGUGCGCCAAUUGAUAUGACUAAAUUCAAGUACUUGUCAUUUAUAGUCUCAUGGGAACAAGACGGGUGCAAUUUGGGACUUGCUGUUUCUGUUGGUGAUGGACAGAAAGUUGAUGUUACUGGAAGUAUGGGUGUCAACAAACUCAAUAGGAUCUAUGUAGAUGUCUCUCAAAGCACUUUUAAUACCACCUCAAGCACUUUUAGAAUUUAUAAGACAGACAAGACUGACUCAAAUAUUUAUUUCAAUGAUGUCAAAUUCACUUCUGAAAAGGGAAAUGAAGGAGUAUACUCCCUCUCCACUGAUAUGGAUAACAAUGAUGGGUCUGUGAUCUGUGUGAUAGUAGCCUUAGCAUUACUUGUCUUGGGUUUGUUCUAA